ACCUGCUGCUGCUGCUUUUUGACCGAGCAUCAGUCUCUCGCGCGCGCUCAUUCGAUCAACAUCGAAUCAGUUGUUUCAAGCUAAAUAAUAGCCGGCCGACCCAACGCGUACCGAAACACUCGCCUCGUUUUUUCACAUUUUUAUUCCCGUUGAACUAUUCACGAAUCAGCGAGACACAACAAAAAUGGCGAACAUCACGAGACUUGCGAUCAUCAAGUUCCUGGAGCUCAUACUCGUUUGCAUAAUAAUCGGGCUUCACUACCGAUCCUUCAACGCGGGCCAGGUCUACGAGGCGAUGAUCACUAAUGGAACGAUCGGUGGAUAUCUCAUCAUCCUUGUCGGAUUGUUGGCUGGCGGAGUUAUGGGAACGCCGGUCAACCGUCGAGUCGAUCUAUUCUUCAGCCUGAUCGGCUGCGCCCUCUUCAUCGCCACAGGCUCGAUGGUCAUCGACACUUUCCAACACAUUGUCCACAGCGACUCAUUCCGCGACACCGGCCUCGCGAAAGGCUCUUUGUGCAUUUUCGAGGGAGCAUUUUUCCUCGUUGAUGCCAUUCUCACUUUCAGGGGCGAAUCAUAAUAACUUUGAGUUUUUAUACCGUCUCUACAAGUAAACUUCACUGGAGAUAUAUAUUUAUAUGUAAUUAUGUAUACAGAAGUGUUCAUCCGCCAGUUUAUAUGUGCCAUUUAAGACCGAAAACCCGAGCACACGCGCCGCGCGGUGCUCUUGACCGCACGCCGUCCGAAAGCAAACGCGUAAGCUUUCCGUUAUAUGCGGAGAGGAGAUCGAAAAAUAUAAGACAAAACGUCAAAUUUUUUAUUCGCGUGUAAUUCAAUAUUUUUGUACUGAAGCACAGUACACUAAAGUAAUUUUUCAAUCUUCCACUGUGACAGGACGAAACGGCGGGAUUUGUGAGUUUCACUGCAAUCGGUUGAUGGGGGUUAUUCAUUAAAAAUGUUUCAUUUGUAUCACUCAUCACUGAAUUUUUAUCACACUUUAUAUUGAGAAACAAUAAUUAUACGGAUUUUAUUAAUAGACUAUGUGGAAUAGAGAAUAGAGGACGAGAAUUCCCGUUCACAUUUAUACGAGAGAAAAACUUGAUCACUUGCAUAAUAUUUUUUUAUACACGAAAUCUUCACCCGAAUUCAUAUAAAUGUGCGUCAGCUUUUUUAUUAUUUUAUGAUAUUCAGGCGUGCCUCGUAAAGUGUGAAAAAAAUGUUCAACGUUUUUCCGUGUUGUUUUGGUGUUCAGCUUGCUGGAGAGGCGUCAACGACAAACACAAACAAUGCAGCACACGCACGUCGGCUGUCAUGGCCGCCGAAACCAUGAAACAAUAGAUUUUUUUUCACUGUUGUCAAGUUCGAAGAUAGAAAUUGAACGGUUGGCGAAAUAUUUGUAUUUUCAUAGUCCCAAUAGUUCAGGCAAUGAUUCGUCAAACAUUUGGCAUUUUCACCGAGAAAUAACACCAUUUUUUCAAUCGUACUGUCAAUGGAAUGUCAAUUGUGUUUAUAUUCAUGAUAUAUAAAGUUUAUAUAUUUUUUCCAUCCAAA